AUAGAAAAAAUAAAAAUGAAGCGCAAGCUCACCAUAUACCAGUAUGGUUCCAAAGUAGAUGGAACCGCGCCGACUCUUUAUUCCGCCAACGACUGGCUGGAAAUUAUCUUAUCUGAUUCCUCGGCAUCAGAACUCAGUUCUAUAGGGGGCCCGCAGGAAGACACUAGUAGUUCCGCUUCUGAGUCCGAUGCAUCAUUCACUGAGCAGCUAGAUCUUUUGGCAAAAAUUGCUAGUGAACUGCAGCAUCGGAUGAGUGACAUUGGAAUGAAACUUCCUGACGGUCUCGAUUUGCCGUAUUUUAUCCAUGCGAACUUGCUUGGCGAAGAAGAGGCGGGCGCGCUAGACCCCUCUCUUCUAGCCGAAGUUCUCACGGAUUUACAACUUCCCUGUCCAAUUAUCAGUUGGUACUGGGAGGAAGGCUCUAUACUGUUAAGUACAUGGAUUCUUUUUGUAGCGGAAAUAGAGCUCUUUGAAAUUGAAAGCGGUAUUCCCCUUAUAUAUUAUAGCCUAAAUAGAAUCAUGGAAUUCUCUCCGAGAGCUGCUGAACUAACGACUCUAUUAGAAAGUAGAAUUAGCAACUUUUACACGAAUUUUCAAGUGGAUGAGAUUGGUCGAGUGGUCUCAGUUGGAGAUGGGAUUGCACGUGUUUAUGGGUUGAACGAGAUUCAAGCCGGGGAAAUGGUUGAAUUUGCCAGCGGUGUGAAAGGAAUAGCCUUGAAUCUUGAGAAUGAGAAUGUAGGGAUUGUUGUCUUUGGUAGUGAUACUGCUAUUAAAGAAGGAGAUCUUGUCAAGCGCACUGGCUCUAUUGUGGAUGUCCCUGCGGGAAAGGCUAUGCUAGGGCGGCUGGUCGUACCAGCCAACACGGCGCUGCGGGAUGUAGUAACAUCCGCAUCCCCUAGUUGGGCUGUACCUUCCUCGCGCGUGGCGAGGAGGAAUCGCUUCAGGGAGUGCUGGGCGGCACUCUCUUUGGUCUUAUACCUUAUAAUAUAUACCCCUGUCAUAGCCUGGUGUGACACGGGGGACGCCUCCCUAGGAAUGGAUUCCUCCGAGAGUUGGGGGGAAUACAUACAAACAUCCACAGAAGAGGGCGCCUCAACCUCUUCUGCUGAUGCAGAACCCGUACCCCACGGGAAUAAUACCGUAUCAGAUUCGACGGAGGGGCCAGCUAGCCCCCGUCGCUUUCCAUACAAGCCUGAUGCGCUGAUCGGGGGCGAUUCCGUAUUGUCCAUCCAAAGUCGACUUUUGGCUUCAAGGCAAUUUCCUAGUGCCGAAGAAAUAAACUUCGCCCGUAUUCAGGCGGAAGACCUAUUCGAGGUCAAGGUUCAGAUCCUCCAUCGAAUGCAAGUUCUGUAUCCAGAGGGGGAUUGGUCGGGGCGGGGAGCCCGCGCUCUCGAUAGCCCGAAUAGCGCCACGGGCGAGUCCUCGUUAGAAAGGCUUUAUAAGCUUUUGGGCGAUCUCGAUCGGAACGGAAGAAGGGCGGAAGCUUUUUUUUCUUUAAGCGCAAAAGUAGCGCUUAGAAAGGAGAGUCUUGAUGCACAUUCCGCGACAUAGCA